AUGGCUCCGGUCCAACCUACCACAAGACCACCACCAUUGUUUGCCAAAUUAUUACGAUUGGACAACCCAAUUCGAAGUUUGACACUUGCCUUUUGGUCAUGGAAGGUCUUGUUGUACAUCGUCGUUGCCGCUUGUCCAGGAUCAGGCUAUGAUACCUCCACCUCCUUGAUCUCAUAUGCUGCCGACCCAUCAACGGUUACCUCCGAGUCUCUCUCGGGUCCCCUUAAAUUUGCCAGAUGGGACAGCAUCUACUUCCUGCAUAUCGCCGAAAAGGGAUAUCUGUUUGAGCAAGAAUGGGCCUUUGGCUGGGGCUACACUAAGCUUCUAUCUAUCUUUGCUUCCGGUAUUCGUCUCUCUGGGGGAGAUGCUGGCCCUGCUAGCACUGCAAUGGUGGGAGUGGUUCUCUCCCACGUUGCCCAUUAUUUGUCGGUGUUGACGCUCUAUCGUCUGUCAGCCAAUAUCUUUGGUCAUGCGACUGCCACCCAACAUCUCAUUUGCUUCCUAUCUGCAGCUCUCCACAUAAUUUCGCCAGCGGGCGCUUUUAUGUCCGCGCCCUAUGGAGAGUCGAUAGUCUCUUUUUUGAACUUCGCUGGAUUUUACCUCUAUUCAUCAUCUCUCAUUGCCGAACGCAAUGGGGUAACGCGUUUGCGAGAUAUUCGGGUUCUCACAUCUGCGGUUUUGUUCGCGGCUGCCACAAUGGUCCGUAGUAAUGGGGUUCUCAGCGGGUUCCUAUUUGCCUAUGAUGCGGCAGUUUUGGCUUGGAAGAUCUUGACUAAAGGGCCUACACUCCACACCAUUCUUCGUCUUGCAGUGAUCAUUUUUGGUGGCUGUAUCGUAGGAUCUGGGUUAGUCAUUCCUCAAAUCCUGGCCUAUCGCAUGUACUGUGUGUCCGAGGGCGAUAUUCGGCCAUGGUGUGAGUGGAGUUUGCCUAGCGUCUACGGCUGGGUUCAAAACCAUUACUGGAAUGUUGGGUUCUUGGGAUAUUGGACCGUCUCCAAUAUACCUCUUUUCCUGCUGGCGGCGCCUAUGUUGGCCAUUCUAUGCCGAUCCACUUUGUGGGCAUUGCAAAGUCCUUCCUCCUCCUCAACGAGCCCGGGGUCAAUGCUCGUUCGGCUGGCAGUUCCCCAGGGUUUGCUGGCUGUCAUGGCAUUAACCAGUUAUCAUGUCCAGAUCAUCAACCGCAUCUCGUCGGGGUAUCCCUUGUGGUACUGGUAUUUGGUUACCAGCGCUGUAGAUCUCAGUUCGAGCUCACCCAAGCAAAGUCGGACACUUGUAGCUGCUGUGUAUAGCAUGGUGGCCUACGCGUUGAUCCAGGGGGUUCUUUUCGGUUCUUUCCUGCCUCCAGCAUGA